GACCUCAAACUCCAACAUCUCGACUUCUGGGACAGCCUCCAUGGCCAGGUCCCGGGAUUGCUGGACUGGGACAUGGGGAACGAUUCGUUUCUGGCCUUCACCACAGAGCACCUUCCCUCAGCCGAGCAGAACUUUGCCAGAUACAAACUCCGAUUAGUUGGUCCACCAAAAUUACCCCUAGAAAAAAAACCCAACUGUGAGGAAGAUGGUCCAGAUUUUGAGCCCAAUCUGUGGAUGUGGGUAAACCCUAACGUCGUGUUUCCCCCUGGAAAGCCGGAGGUCCCUGUGUCUAGCAAGAGGGAGGAUGUGGCAAGCACACCCUCCUCCCCUCAGGCACCCCAGGAAGAGGAAGAUGCCAGUGGCUCAGAGGCCACAGGGGAGGAAUCACUGCCCCUUUCUUCCAGCGAGCAGUCUCCCCCUCAGAAGCAGUUUGCCUCUUCCCCCAGCAACCUGGAGCUCACAGAAGAAGAGGAGGCUGAGGACCAGGAUGACGGCUCCUCUGUGGCUCUCCCGUCCCCUCACAAAAGGGCCCCCCUCGAGAGUCGGAGGCUUCGGCAAGCCAACAUCCAGGCGGGCAGGCUCUGGUCCCGGCCCCCUCUCAAUUACUUCCACCUAAUUGCCCUGGCAUUAAGAAAUAGUUCCCCCUGUGGCCUCAACGUACAGCAGAUCUACAGCUUCACUCGACACCACUUCCCCUUUUUCCGGACCGCCCCAGAAGGCUGGAAGAAUACCGUCCGUCACAAUCUCUGUUUCCGAGAUAGCUUCGAGAAAGUGCCGGUCAGCGAGCAGCGUGGGGCCAACACACGGCCUCGGUCCUGCCUCUGGAAGCUGACUGAGGAGGGACACCGCCGCUUCGAGGAGGAGGCCCGCGCCUUGCCUUCCACUCGGCUGGAGAGUAUCCAGCGGUGCAUGAGCCAGCCAGAUGUGAUGCCUUUCCUCUUUGACCUUUAACCCCAGAAGCAAGAGUCAGCCCAUGAUUUAUUAAAGUUAACCCUCA